UUGACGUCACGGCUAGUUGCUCUCAGCUCGAUUGGCGCAAUCUUGUAUUUUAUCAUUCUUGAUUUUUGCAUCUAAACGAAAAACAAAAGAAAGUUAAUUCAUUAGAGAAGUUAAAUACAUACAUAUGCAGGUAAACUAAAUGGAGGAUGAAGCAGGUGAAGAUAUCGUCACGUGUCCAUACGAUAUGGCACAUCGUGUUCUCAGGAAGCGGUUGCAGUUACAUUUAAUAAAAUGCCGCUUAAAUUAUCCGAAUGUAGAAUUACGAAAGUGUCCCAUGAACCAGCUACAUUUGGUGCCGGAUCCCGAAUAUCAAGUUCAUUUGGCUACUUGUCCGGAUCGUAAAAUAAUUGUUCAAUAUAGUUAUGAAAGCUGCAAUGAAAAUGUGCAGCACCCGAUUCGUUUGCAACACGACCCAAUCGAAAGCGAGGAAAAUUGGGACAACACUGAUGUGGAAAACUAUAAACCAGAAUUGUACGCGCGCACAUCUCAGGUUAUACGACAACCAGUAGGUUCACAACGCUCAAAACGCAAAGUGUUUAAAGAUGAGGAAGAGAAACGUUUUCAACAAUUUGAUUAAAGAACGAUGUUUUCACUUGCA